AUGCAUCUGAUCCAGAGCCUCGUGUGGGCUCUCCCACUGGCACUACCAUUCGUGGCUGCCGAGAUUGAGGAUGUCGGCGACAAGCCCCGCAGGUUUGAAUAUACCAUCACUUGGGAGAAGGGGUCCCCAGAUGGUUUCGAGCGUGAGAUGGCCUUCAUCAAUGGAAAGUUUCCGGGACCAGUCCUUGAGGCAAACCAAGGAGACAACCUGGAGAUUGUCGUCAACAACCAGAUGCCUUUCAACACAACUAUCCACUGGCAUGGCAUUGAGCAAAAAGGUACCCCUUGGUCGGAUGGCGUACCGGGCCUCACGCAGCGGUACAUCAUGCCCGGCAAGAACUUCACCUACAGGUGGAAGGCGGACCAGUACGGCAGCUAUUGGUAUCACGCCCACGCCCGCGGUCAGAUUGAUGAUGGCUUGUACGGCGGUAUCCUCAUCCACCCAAACAACAAUACCCAGGACUCGCUGAGCCUGAUCGCCCGGAAUGCCUCCCAGCUCACUGCCAUGCGGGCCGCCGUGCGCAAGGUUCAACCCAUCAUCCUGUCCGACUGGAGACACCUCAAGUCUAUGGAUGCCUGGCAGAUAAACGUCGACUCCAAGCUCGAGACGCCUUGUUAUGAUUCUCUUCUCGUCAACGGCAAGGGCCAGGUCAACUGCUGGUCUCGGCAAAAGAUUAAUCAGCUUACAAAUGGCAUCCAAAGACGAUUCCUGAACAAUGCCAACAUGCAACAGCUGACCGACAAGGGAUGUCUCCCAGCCAAGGCUGUUCAAAUGACCUUUGCUCGCAACAUGCCUGGAAACCUCUCGGCGAUUCCCAAGGAGGUUUUCGACGUCUGCACACCAACCCAGGGUCAACAAGAUGUCAUCAAAGUCAAGCAGGUUGCAGGCGCAAGCGAGUACUGGCAAGCCUUUGACAUCAUCGGCACGUUUGGUCUGGUCACUGCCACAGUCUCGAUGGACGAGCACCCCAUGUACGUUUACGCUGUCGACGGUGGCUACAUCCAGCCGCAGCUGGUCCAAGGCAUCUCCGUCAGCAACGCCGACCGCUACUCGGUCCUGGUCAAGAUUGACAGGCCCGGCGACUACACCUUCCGUGUUGCCUCCAACUCCGUCAUCCAGAUGAUGAGCGCCACUGCCACUGUCCGCGUCCUUGCGGCAAACGCUGCCGAGACGGCCGACGAAUCAGGUGGUGGCAUCACCCCCACGACCGUCAAGGGCCGCUCUGUGGCCCCCUCCAUAGUCCGCCGCCAGCAGAACGGCGCCAGCUCGACGCCCUACAUCAACGACGUCGGUCAGGCCAUUGGUCAGGGCGUCAACUUCUUCAGCGAGAACAACCAACGCCAGUACCCUGCCGAUCCCCCAGGACAAACCGUCGCUCAGACCUUCAAGAUGCAGCUCCGCCACGACGGUAGCGCCUACAAGUGGGCGCUCAAUGACACCAUCUACCCGCUGUCAGCCGACGACGCGGAGCCAGUGCUCUUCAAGGCCACCCCCAUCCGCGACGACAGCACCACACUCACAACCAAGAACAACACGUGGGUCGACUUCAUCUUCGAGUCCUCCACCUUCCCGACCCCUCCUCACCCGGUGCACAAGCACGGCACGCACAUGUACCUCAUCGGCUCGGGACAGGGCAACUUCACCUGGAACACGGUCGCCGAGGCAGCACGUGCCAACCCGGGCCGCUUUAACCUGCAGAACCCACCUAAGCGCGACUCGUUCCAGAGCGUGCCCGCCAUUGUGCAGCCGAGCUGGAUCGCCGUCCGGUACUUCUCGUCCGACCCGGGCCCAUGGCUGAUGCACUGCCACAUCCAGACGCAUCUGGAAGGGGGCAUGGCGAUGAGUAUAAUCGAGGGUUAUGACGUGUGGCCGACGACGCCCAGCGAGUACCUGAACUACGAGCAAUAG